ACAAUGACAGCCAGCAAAAAUUAUCACGUUUCAAUCAUUGGUGGUGGAAUUGGUGGCAUUUCAGCAGCAAUCGGGUUAAAACGUGCGGGUGUACCGGUAGAUUUAUUCGAAGCAGCAAGUCAAUAUGGUGAAAUUGGAGCGGGAAUCAGUUUUGGUUUUAAUUCCAGAACAGCACUGGAAAAACUUGGAUUAGGUGAAGAAUUUAGACAACAAGCAACUACUGUCGAUAGUGGGAUCUGGUUCGAAUGGAGAGAUGGAGAAGGUGAAAAACAAGAUUUAAUUGCAACAACGUAUAGUAAACCACAUGGAAAUUCUUCCGUUCAUCGAGCAAAAUUUUUGGAUUCAAUGGUCAAGCACAUCGACGGAAAGAUGUCGCACUUUGGUAAAAGACUCACACAAAUCGAACAAUUGCAGCAACCGGCUGAAAGACUUCAACGUUUGCAUUUCGAUGACGGUACAACAUUCGAUACAGAUGUCGUGAUCGGAUAUGAUGGUAUCCACAGCAGAGUACGCAAGCAGGUUUUAGGUCGUGAUGCAAAACUUCAAUGGUCCGGUACAUGGGCAUACAGAGGUUUGAUCCCCACAAAAGAAUUCAUAAAAGCAGUAGGACCAGAAAAAGGAGAAUUUUAUGCAAAAACACCACAAAUGUUUUUGGGAAAAGAUACGCACGUUCUCAUCUUCCCAAUCGAUCAACAUGAAACUGUUAAUCUUGUUGCAUUUAAUACAGAUCGUUCCAAAUGGCCACAGAGACCUGAUCUUGCAGAAGGUGAAGCUUGGACUCAACCUACCACACAAGAAGAGAUGAUCAAACAAUUCCCUGGUUGGGGAAAAGAUAUUAUCGCGAUGUUCAAAUGUAUGGAAAAGCCAAGUAAAUGGGCAUUGCAUCAACUGAUGCCAACGCUGGAAACGUACGUAAAGGGAACUGUUUGCAUUGCUGGAGAUGCUGCUCAUGGUGGAACGCCACAUCAAGGUGCUUUGGCCGGACAAGCAAUGGAAGAUGCAGUCUUUUUGAGCUGGCUAUUGAGUCAAACAGGUGUAGAGAGGAACAACCUAGAACAAGUUUUGACUGUAUAUGAUUCUGUCCGACGUCCAAGAGCGAACAAAGUACUUGAAACAAGUUUACAAGCAGGGGAUGUGUACGAAUUUGCAAGUGAAUACGGAGAUGACCGAAAGAAGAUUGCACAUGAUGUUGAGAAUCGCAUGGACUGGAUCUGGGGUGUAAGUAUAACCUAUGGAAUCCUCCGAUGA